UUCAUUGUAACUCGGGUAUGUUAUAAGUCAGGGACUACCGGUAUGAGAAACCAGUAAGACUGAUUGCUCUAAGGGAGCACAUGGGAGAUGGGAAUGGGAUUUGGAAGGAAAUACCUUAUUCUAUACAGUAUAUCCUUUUUUAAAGUUGAAAUUGCCCCCUGUGUAUCUAUUACUUAUUAAAUUUAACUAUUAGAAGAAAGAAAAGUUUGGUUUCAACAGCAUAUAAUUUUAAAGACCUUCUGUUCUCUUCACAGUGAUAUCCUGAGAGAAGAUGGGAAAGGGCUGCAAGGUUGUAGUUUGUGGAUUGUUAUCUGUGGGGAAAACUGCAAUUUUGGAGCAGCUUCUUUAUGGGAAUCAUACUAUUGGAAUGGAAGAUUGUGAAACAAUGGAAGAUGUGUAUAUGGCUUCAGUGGAAACUGACCGGGGAGUAAAGGAACAAUUACAUCUUUAUGACACCAGAGGUCUACAGGAAGGUGUGGAGCUGCCAAAGCAUUAUUUUUCAUUUGCUGAUGGCUUUGUUCUUGUGUACAGUGUGAAUAACCUUGAAUCCUUUCAAAGAGUGGAGCUGCUAAAGAAAGAAAUUGAUAAGUUCAAAGACAAAAAAGAGGUAGCAAUUGUUGUGCUAGGAAACAAACUCGACCUUUCCGAGCAGAGACAAGUGGAUGCUGAAGUGGCACAGCAAUGGGCAAAAAGUGAGAAAGUGAGGCUGUGGGAGGUAACUGUUACUGAUCGGAAAACUCUGAUCGAACCCUUCACUUUAUUAGCCAGUAAACUCACCCAACCUCAGAGCAAAUCGAGCUUUCCUUUGCCUGGCAGGAAAAACAAAGGGAACUCUAGCUCUGAGAACUAAAAAUCAUUAAUUCCACAACUGCUUAUUAGUGAUUACCUUUAAGUGUCUGUGAACAUGGUUAAGAUAAUAUUUAAAACCCCUAAGGAAGUAAUUAAGCACUUUAGGUUACACUUAAAAGAUCUGGCCUAUGUUUAUUAUUAUUGCCUGAUAUGAAAAAUUUUUCUCAUUCCCAUUCUUUGAAACCUGUUCCUGAAAUUAGCGCCUUUGUUAUUUACAUUUACAUUAUACUUGUCAAAACACUAAAAUAAAGUUUGGGUGGUAUACAGAUACACCUAGGUGUAACUUUUUCCUUGUUUCAUAAACUGUCAUCCUAAUUCUGUCUCAGCUCAAACAAAACUUUGUUUCUAAAGUUCACUAAUCAUCUAAUGUCUAGGGUUACAAAACAUAACAUUUCUUGUGCAUCUGUAUUGGAUCAACAGUAAAUAAUCUGGGCACUAAGUAAGCUGAACUUUCUCUUGUUGAGACUUUGCAAAAUGGAACAAACCCCAUAAUUUAACUUACCUCAAAUUGUAUGUUUAACGUGACUUGGGAUAGGCAGUAAGUAGAUUCAUCACUCAAAGACUUUUUUUUCCUUCUGCUGGACCCCGGUUGAUAUACCAAAUAUUAGAGGGCAAAACUGUUUUGUCCUUCUUUUGAAAAUGGCUCAGAACUUAAGGACAACAAAGCUUCCAUUUUCCAGAAGGAAUACUAUACUUUCUGAAAUAGUUUUCUGGAUACCUAGCCAUUCGGAAUAAAAUGUAUCAUAAAAAUAUAAGGCUACAGGUAGCCUUAAAGUUAGAUAACUGGUUUUCUGAAGAUUUCGGCAGGAUGUGAGCAAUGGGGUAAUUGUAGUUAGAAAGCUGACAGUAUUAUAACUAAUUUAAAAAGUAGGAAGCAAGCUACUUAUGGUUUCAGCUAUGAAAGCAGUUAACUAUUUGAUUUAAACAAAAUAUGAAAUAAGCUAUUCAGCGAAGAACAUGUUAAAACAUCUAGUAAAUUGUCACAUCUUAGAGUAUUUUUAAUAUGCUCAGGUGGCUCAGUUCGGUGAAUUCGAGCCAAGAAUUACUGCAUAUAUAGAAGGCAUGACAGUUACAAAUCAGCUAGUGCUACGACCGUAUAAGUUUAUUUUUCAUCAAAAAAAAAAUCAUCACUUGGAUAAGUCACCUUCUGCCUUCUACCCCAGUUAUCGAGUAUUGAUCAUUCUAACUUCUUCCUAUGCAUUGUACAUUCGUGGAUAAACAUUGUUAAGAUUAUUUUAAAUAAAUGAUAUGCUAGAUCACCCUGCAGUUUGCUCUUUCCUACUGAAUACAACUAAAAUCUAAGUUAGUAUACAUAGAAUUACCAUAUUCUUUCUAAAUGCUGUCAGCUUAGGUGUGUCUUCAUCCUGUGCACCUGGGUUUUUCGGGGGGGAGAUACAGAGAAGUAGAGCUGCCGGUGUGUAAAGUAUGUACACCUAGGUACUGCCAAAGUACCCUCUGAUGUGGUUGUACCAGCUGAUCUAUCCUCUAGCUGCAGCGGAGACCUGUCUCCCCACGUACUUGCCACCACAGCAUCUGCAAGUUAGGAAGUCCUUUUAAAACGAUAGAGCUCAUCUUUGAAAGAUGAUAGGUUAGGUUAUAUAACCUUUUCUAAGACAUUUCGAACUCUACCCUGCAAGGGUGUUAUAUAAAUUAGAGUAACGUACCAAUCCUAACAUAAGUGCUU